ACUCUCCAUUAGUCUUACUACAAAAGUGUUGGAAGUUAUAAGAUCUGGCAGUGUGAGGGACAUAUGGAAAAGUAUUAAAAGAUUCAUGGAGACUGAGAAUAAGGCAGCUGAAUCGGCGGCUGUUGGUAUAUUUGGAAUGGAGAAUAAACAAAUCAUAACUGAUUUAAAGCAACAUGUUAGAGAAACAGUGGUCUCUAGUUUCACAGAUCAAUCUCGUAAUGUCGAGGAACUCAUAUGUCAAAGGUACUUUUCUGCUGUAGUGCCGAGGGAUGACAACACGAUGUCGACUGAGGAGGCCUACCGUCAGUGUUUGGAUUGGUUAUCGGCAAUGGCUGUAAUACGUUUAGAUGAUGCAUACGGCACCGUACAGAGAAAGCUACGUAAGAAGCUGAUGGAUGCAAAUAGCAGCGAUGGGAUUUCUCUUUAUUCAGAUACAUGGGAAAAUGUCCCUGCUCAAAUGACUUUGAUCACCCCAUUCAGAUGCAAUGAAAUAUGGACCAAGUUUAAAAAAGAUACGAAGGAUGUUUGGGUCAUUGCUGACGAACAUGUAGAGAAACAGCAGAAAAGUAGGACUUGGAGGGAGAUUAUGGGUAAUCUUCCUAAAUGGGCAAUUCCAAGUCGUAAAUGGGCAAUUGCGGGAUUGUGCGUUCUCGGAGUUGCUGCGUUCAGUGUUCUUCUUAUGUGGAACCCGAUAAUCGCCUCCCAGUUAGCUAUUAUAGUAGCGAUGGCAAGCGGGAUAGUUACGGUGCUUCGAAAUGGGGAGUUUAUGUAUUCUGCCACAAAGAAGAAGAUUAACAUGAGUGAUAUCCCAAGCAAACAUCCUAUGUUAUUGAAAUCUCUGAACGAAGAUUUGAAUGCAACUUUCGAUUGCCUGACGACCGGACGGAAAAUAUUAGGCUUAGCCACUCCGGUGGUUGCUUAAGUUUAGAAAUCAUGAAACUGUGUUCAAAUAAGGGCACUCUUUUUCCUACCAAGGUUUUUUAACGAGGCCCACCUAGGCCUUUGGUUGUCAUUUUUAUGAUUACCAUGGGCUUAGGAUGUUUGUUUUCUUUUCAUUUUCUUGUAUUCGAUUUUAUUAAAGACUUGUCUACUUUUGU